ACAGUCCAGCGAUCCAUCAACAUUCGCUCAACCGUACUACCGCAUGUCCAUCCCGAAGUAAGGACAAUGACGCCAUCAAAUGGUAUUGAAAUGCUAGUGGUCAAAUAUUUACAACGCAUGGUCAAGGUGAUGUUCUUGCUUCAUUCCGUAAACUAGAAGAAUGUGUUUUAUAUUAGAUACAUAUUUUUAAACUGAUUUAACCUUUGGACGGACUGCCUUGUAACGUAUCGCAAGGCCAUGGACACUUUUUGUGUUUGAAAUGAUCCAAGUGGCCGUAACACCGACAAAACUGACAUGGAAACGUUAGGUGUUAGUGCUGUCCUACUAUAAACACAACAGGACUUUACCUAUAUGACGCGUGGGCCAUGAAUCUGAAGUUUAAAUGUGAAUCACAUCCUGAUAAACGCAGUGUCAUAUAGUGGUACAGGACGAGGAGACAUCCUAUCUAAUAAGCACCGUCUUCCGUUACUGGUACAUUUCGUGUCACCUGACAUCAACUGGAUUGGUUUGGACUCAAUUUAUUGAAGAGAAUAAGUUUGUCAACAACACAGGAUUGAAAUACAAACCCGGAAAGAUGCGUUUGAAAAUCCUGGUUUUUAACAUCCUCCUGUCAUGCGCACUAGACUCGGUGUACGGUCAUGGUCGGCUGAUCGAUCCACCGUCCCGUUCCACCAUGUGGCGAUACGGCUUCAGCAAUCCGCCAAACUAUAACGACAAUCAGCUCUAUUGCGGUGGACUUCAGGUUCAAUACGAACAAAAUGGCGGGAAAUGUGGGUUAUGUGGUGAUAACUGGGCAGGUGUUCACGAAAACGAGGCUGGCGGGAAAUAUGCAAAUGGUAUAAUAGCGCGGACUUUCAAGUCUGGGCAGGUGAUGACAAUCAGGAUAGAAUUGACAGCCAAUCACAAAGGCUACUUCGAGUUCAAAUUGUGUGCUAACGACGACCCGCGGAAGAAGGUCACACAGGAUUGCCUUGACCAGUAUGUGCUUGAGGUCGUGAACCCUGACAUCCGGGGAACUAAAUACCCCGUGCCCAACAAGAACGGCCACCAGAAACUCGAGUUGCAGGUUCGUCUGCCAAGUGGCGUCCGGUGUCGGGACUGCUUACUCCAAUGGAAAUACAACGCCGGAAAUAGCUGGGGGAGAGACUCGAACACCGGGGAACAAUGUCUUGGAUGUGGAAACCAAGAACAGUUCUACGGAUGUGCUGAUAUUGCUAUCGGCCACACCGACAUACAAGAGGGUCUUUCUCUCAUCACAGGUAAAAACAUGAAAACUUCAAACUCUAUGACCAUUCCUCCCCCUCCACCAGAAGGCCUCACAUUUGGAGACACCUGGAAUUCACGUCCAACACAACAAGGCGGUCCUCUUGUGACACAGUCUUUUGCUCAGGCAACAGAGAAAGGCGUGAUUGUGUAUAAAGACUUCGAGGAGUUCCGAAGAAGAUUUCAGAACAGUAGAAUCCAACCAUGCGUAUGUCACGCAUGUGUCGGAUCUACGUGUGUGUGCGAGUGUUUCUUCAGCGGACACACUUCACAUGUUCCCACGUGGUACCACCGUAUUUGCAUUCUGUUGGUAGCCAUAGUCACGUGCUUAAUGACGUACUAUGCAAAUAAAGAUCCAUGAUUUAUGAACCUUUUACCGAUCAUGAAAACAAAACAAAAUGUGCCAAAUAAUUAUAUGCAAGAAACAUCACUAACAGGAACAUUAUACAUCUGAUUAUGUCAUAUUUUGAUAUACAAACUAGAUGAAUUGUGUUUCUAAUGGUGCUGAAUUGACGAAUACUGUCUGUAUGGAUGUACUGCAUUUUUCAGAACGUUUCCGUUUUUUUCCAUCAUCCCUUCCUUUGUACUGUAACUGACUAUAAGAUUUAAGAUUCAAUACUUAUUAGUAUUUGCUGGAUUUAAAGAAGAGUUUUAACCUUAUUAUUGUUCACAUCAUAGAGUCCAAUCCACGGGAGUAGUAUUGUUUGAAGCAGCAAAAUCGCGAAAUAAGUAUUUUCUGGAAACAUCGUAGUUUACAGUACAUUGAAAAUACUCGUAUGGUUGGUCUGUGCCGAUACUUGGUGUUCACAAAAUAUGUCUCAGAAGUCAUGUAGCAAGGCUUUCAUAUAUACAUCGAACCUGACACCAAGGGCCAUAUAAGGUUCGCUUCACAAAAAAAAUCGUUUAAAAUGUAAGUAAUAUUUUGCAAAGGGAUACCCGUAGCAUGCAAGGUGGUCAGCAUGUCCGUUAGAUAAUUUUAUACAAUGUUAAGGUAUGAAUAGGUUUCAGUAGUGCACACAAGAAAACGUUAACCUUUAAUUUGCAGUAACUUUCGAAAUAUGCCUUGCAAACAUUGAUCCCAAUGGUGACGUUUGGCUAUUACUAUCCUAAAGCUUUUUUCGCACCAUUGAUCAGCUUGUUUUUACUUCAUGGUUUUACGGAAGCUAAAGAAUAGGUACCAGUAUCCUGACAUCUCUAGCUUUGUCGCCUGCUGAGCAUUGGUAGUAAUAUCGACAUAACGAAAUCUCCUUUCGAGAAGGCUGAGAUGCGUUGAAGUGUAUCGUAGAAUUAGGUAACGUAUGCUGAUUUCUGUGUGUUGUCUUUUUCACAGGAUAGUAUCUAGUCCUUAUAUAAAAAUUAAUCAAAUUUGUUUCAAGUAAUUUAUGACAAUUUAAAGUCACACAAUAACACAUGGUCAAUGAAAUCUGCUUGAGAUACAACCUCUAUUAAACCAACCACUUAUGCUAAGAGCCACUCGAGUAGAGUCCACCUUUCACUUAUCUCAAGUUAAUUGAGCCUGUAUAACAAGAUAACAUGUUAUACGCAGCCACUUCUUUAUUGUUUCUAAAUAUUGCACGUCAGUGCAAGUUAGACAUCUUAGCUUACGUGUUUGUUCAGACUAUUAACAUCAUAAUCUCAUUUAACCCUGAAAUUUCAAAAUGAACUGUUCCAACAUUUGAAUUAGAGGAGUUAAAAUGUGUCUUCCUGGGUGAAUGAGUUAAUAGAGUAACAUUAUUUGUCCUGUUAUAUAACGAAUACACCAUGAUGUUGUGGACACCCAUUGGUCAAUUCCAUUUUGGUCUGGUUUGCCAAUGCGGGAACAUUUCAGUGAAGGUAUUCAAGGUAUUUUUGAAAGCCAGGGUUGAGGGGGAGUGCGCAUGGUAUUUAAAUUGCUGAUUGAAGAGUUUCAAAGUUUGACCAGAUAUUCUGAAACGUCUCAACCUGACGUAUCACGAUGAUACCUUGCAGGAUAGAGUUUACCCUUAAGGUUGGUUUUCAUGCGGGUUUUUUUUCUUAUUCAAUGUUUGUUCACGAGUAAACGAAACGUUACUAGAAGGCAUAUUUUGAUAUAUCUUCCUUGUGUCAGAUAAACCCUCAUAUGCAUGAGUAUUUAUACAUUUAUAAAAGGUAAGUGUCAUUGUGCAUGCUAUACGUUGUCAAAUUAUGUCAAAACGAGAAGAAAUUUGCAUAUUUCGUGCAACUAAUCAGAAGUGGCACGCUUGUAUAUCAUCUGUGAUAAAAUAAAAUAUAUAGUUGCUGCAAAAUGAGUGAGAGUUAUCCUUCUUUGUGUUUAAGUAAACCCCCUUCAAGAGAGGUAACUGCCCAUGGUUUGUAGGUAUGUUGGUAUUUUUCGUACAAUCUACAUGUUGGUAUGUCGCUAGUAGAAGUCAUUAGUCACUAGUCUAAUGAAAAUAACUUAGAUUAUUAAUCAGUGUCUUCGUUCAUUCAUUUUACAGGUAAAGUUUAAAGUCAGAUAUUUGGAUGAAUAUUUUCUUACUGAUAAAAAAA